CAUUCAUUGGACCAUCCUCUGCUCCCAUCACUCAAACCCCCAUUGUAGAUGGUGCACCUACGCUGGCUCCAGCCGGUGCAACGGACACGCUGGCUCCCAGUGGUUACAAUUCCACGGAUGCUCCAACUCAAUCAGGAGGCGUCACCUUUGCUCCGUCUGUGGACUCUUCGUGUUUGAACGGCACGACACCUGAAUCGUACUUGAUCUCCAGACUCAGUUCUAUCACUGACCCUGUUCUUUUGGCCGAUGUGGCUACACCGCAGGGUCAGGCGGUGCAGUUCUUGGCCAAUGAAGAUCCUUUGGACCCAGAUCUCUGCACCUAUCCAACACUUGAGCAGCGUUAUGGCCUGAGUACAUUGUACUUUGCAACAAAUGGAGGCAUCUGGACAAACAACUCUGGUUGGCUAGGGCCAACGCCUGAAUGUGAGUGGCUUGGUGUCAUUUGCAACGAUAACGUGGUUGCGACGAAUGUCACUCUUG